UCUAGAGACAAUACGAACGUAUGGACCCGCCACAGAGCCUAUUCCGCCUACAGCCUCAUCUCAUUGGACCCGGGGCACUGCAUUCGCACUCAUGAGACAGCGGCAGGCUCUGACCGGUCUUCUCAUUGAGGAUCUUGCUGGCAUGGAUCAAUUAGCCCGAGGCUUGUGGAGAGUUAAUGUUAUGAAGGCUCCCGGAGCUUGAUGGCUAUCUAUUUCACUGCCUCCGGCUUGUGGCCUCUCUUUCAGCUCCAAUUUCAUUUUCUCUCCGAAGCAUUCACGUAGCAGCGCUCAACAUGCAUGGAAAGAUCUUGGCCAGCUCGGCGCUCUUCGCGAGCAGCCUUGCAUCCAUUGUCACGCCGUCAGCUUCUGCGGCAGACCCUACUAUCACUCCUGGCCCCAACUAUGAGCUGUUCAGGAAGCAGAACAAUGAUCGCUUCAUGGGAUGGGUUGAGUUCGACGGCACCUGGACGACUCAAAAUUGUGAAACAGACGUCACCUACUUCCAAAGCGCCGGUCACUGGAGAUGUUGCGCAACAUCCUCUGCGGGUUGCGACAUUCCCAAAGCCUGCGUAAGCGGCAGCCUGAUCUACGAUGGUAGCGUUCUUGGAAGCACUGGGUCAUUGACCUUCCCAUGUACAUCCGUCUACGACGAUCCGUCACUGAGAAGCUUCACUGUCUGCAACACCGCCUACAUGUACCAGAAUGAACAGGAUGCGAGUCCAGAGACCAAUGUGAACUGUGGUGUUAGCAGUGUCAAUUGGUCGUACUACCGCGUCCAGCCAGAAGAAGCGAAAACUACGCCCUACAUCAUCCAGUUCCAGCGCAUCGGCGACGCCAACUGAUGGCACCAGCGAUGGCAAUGCUUCGGUCCCUACAGAAGGGAAGUCGUCAAGCAAAGCAUGGAUUGCCGGUGUCGUCGUCGGUCCACUUGUCGGUCUCGCGCUCAUAGGCUUCCUCGCAUGG